ACAUCCCAUUUCGCCCCAACCUUCCUCCCUCUCGUUGUCCGCCUCAGCCUCCGGCCACGCUCCGGUUCCUCGCGAGUCACCCAGGGACGACGCAAUCAACGAACGCCCAACGCCCAGUCAAACACUCCUCCUCCCCGGACCCCCGCCCCGAUCCCACCCAUGGCGUCGGAGAUCGAGGUGCUCGAGGACACCACCACGGCCUCCUCCUCCUCCUCCAUCGCCGCCUCCGCCGCGGCGGCGUCCACGGUCCCUUCCGCCGCGGAGGCGGCGGGGGACGAGUCGCUGAAGAACGACGUGUACACCGCGGCGGCGUACGGCGAUCUGGAGAAGCUGCAGCGGCUGGUGGAGGCGGAGGGCCGGCCGGUCAGCGAGCCCGACGGCGGGGGCUACCACGCUCUCCAGUGGGCCGCGCUCAACAACCGCGUCGCCGCCGCGCAGUACAUCCUCGAGCAUGGAGCAGAUGUAAAUGCUGUGGAUCACACUGGGCAAACAGCACUUCACUGGAGUGCUGUACGUGGUCAUAUCCAAGUUGCUGAACUACUUCUGAAAGAAGGUGCUAAGGUGGAUGCUGCUGAUUUAUAUGGCUAUCAGGCCACACAUGUCGCAGCGCAGUAUGGUCAGACUGCAUUCAUUUACCAUAUUGUUGCAAAAUGGAAUGCUGAUCCAGAUGUCCCUGAUAAUGAUGGAAGAAGCCCUUUACACUGGGCUGCUUAUAAGGGAUUUGCAGACUCUAUACGGCUCCUUCUGUUUUUGGAUGCUUAUAGGGGACGACAAGAUAAAGAAGGUUGUACUCCGUUACAUUGGGCUGCUAUUCGGGGGAAUCUGGAGGCAUGCACUGUGCUAGUUCAGGCUGGCAAAAAGGAUGACCUGAUGGUGAAAGACAAAACUGGUUUAACUCCAGCGCAGCUUGCUGCUGAUAAGAAUCACCGGCAAGUUGCAUUUUUCCUCGACAAUGCAAGAAGGGUAUAUGACAGAGGAUGUGGUGGGAAUACCAAUUUUGGGAAGUUAUCAAAAUUAGGGCUUGCUCCUCUUCUUUGGUGCAUUAUUAUUGGCAUGCUUAUUAUGUACACAAACUCUGUUAUAUCAGGACAAUACGUCAUGGAUAUGACAGCAUCAUUUGGGCUGUUUGCAUGGUCAGGAGUUUUCUUCACGACUGCUGGGUUGGUCAUGUUCUAUAAAUGUAGCAGGAAAGAUCCUGGCUACAUCAAAAUGAAUAUAAGGGGAUCCCAAAAUCAAAGGGAUGAUGAACCAUUGUUGAAGAUGGAGUUAGACAAUCCUGCACUUCUUUCUGGUAACUGGUCACAACUUUGUAUAACCUGCAAAAUAGUCAGACCGGUUCGUUCGAAACAUUGCUCUACAUGUGAUCGCUGUGUGGAGCAGUUUGACCAUCACUGCCCCUGGGUAUCUAAUUGCAUUGGAAAGAAGAACAAAUGGGAAUUCUUCAUGUUCCUCACUCUAGAAGUUUUUGCAAUGAUCAUUACUGGUUCUGCUGCCAUUAUAAGAAUUGUAAGGGAUCCAGUUUCUCCAUCAUCCUUUGGUGCUUGGAUUCAUUAUUCUGCUUUUCACCAUACUGGGGUGGUUUCAUUUCUCGCAAUGGACCUUUUCUUUUUCUUUGGUGUUGCAGUUCUAACAGUUGUUCAAGCGUCGCAGAUAGCAAGGAACAUUACAACAAAUGAGAUGGCAAAUUCCAUGAGAUACACCUAUCUCAGAGGUCCAGGUGGCAGAUUCAGAAACCCAUUUGAUAAUGGGAUGCGCAAGAACUGUUCUGAGUUCUUGUUAAAUGGAUACAGUGAGGACAUAGAGUGGCUAGAACAGACGUUGCACACUGAUGAGGAAAUGGGAAUGGUACAGAUGACAAGUGCAGUCUCACAAAAUGGUGACAGCCCUUUACAUCAUGGUAAUGGCACUGACCAUGGUUGUGCUGAUUCACAAGCUAACACAAAAUCCCAUAGCCAAAUAAGUUCAUCUCAGUGUUGCGACCACAGUAAGAGGACUGAUAGGACGCCGUUGGGCCUAGGAUUGGGCCUUGGGCGAAACAGUGCAUCCCGGCAGUAUGUCCGGUCUCUUAUCCCGUUGUGAUUCAUCAUUUGGAGAUCUAGUGUUUGUUUCGCUGUAGAUUGUAAGUGUUCACUGCUCAGGCUCCAUCUUCUGUUUAUCUGAUCUUGCAUGAUUUACCGUAUAGCGUUGGCUGUGUUAACACUGUUGGGGCAUUAGCUCAGGAAAACUCAGCUAUAUCUAGUGCUGGUAAUUUUGUGGUGAAUACGAAGGAGGACUUGGCUCGCGAAUAUCAGCUGAUCUGCAGUUCGGAAGUAUCGGAAAGCUUCUGCAAAAAAAGAAAAAAAAGAAAAGAGAUAACAAUUAUGGAAGAUGAAGCAGCAUGAAAUGUCUUAACGAUUGUUGUAUACAUCAAGUUCGGCGGCACUCCCAUUGUUAAGCGUGAUAAAACUCAAGAAAUUGUAGCUGUAGAUCCAAAAAAACUUGUAAAUUGGUUAGUAAUCUCACCGUGACACAAGCUGCUUCAGUAUUGUUAAUUUAUUUUUUCACUCAGGAGUAUUCUUACAAGCCACAGAAAGGUUUUGUGAUUUUCCACUGUAGAUGUCCAGUUGGUUUUGGUUAUGAACUGGUGUUAUUCGAAUGCUUUGGGAAUUUAGGAUAUUCUUGUUAUGAAACGUGUUACAACUCA